AUGGCUCGCUCGCGAGGUGGCGCGGCCAGGGGUGGCGCACCCGGGGCUGCAGGCAGUGCCUCAACUUGGGGUAGACGCCGACCCCGAGGUCGAGGCAGGGCUGUAGCACCAGCCCAAGAUAGGGAGGAGGAACCUCAGGCAGCAUAUGUACCUCCACAGCCGGUGGGGCCGGGGCCAUCCCAGCCACCACCUGCACCAGCUGCAGCUCCUGAUCUUCAUGCUCUGCUGACUCAGAUACUAGCAGCUAUUGGGGAGAUACGACAGACACCAGCACUAGUCCCAGCAGUACCAGCACCAGCUCCAGCGCCGCAUUGUCAGCCUGCCGCAGCGGCACCAGAGGUUCAGCCGCCACCAGUUCAUGUGACUGUCGUGUCAGACUUAAAGGACGGGGAGAUGCCACUGCGCGAGCAGAAGAUGCUCGGGGUAUUCCAGAGGUUGGCACUACCGAUAUUCUCAGGGGCGAUGGGGGAGGAUGCCUACGAGUUCCAGCUCACUUGUCAGGAGCAGUUACAGUCAUUAGGCCUCUUGGAGUCGAGAGGAGCUAACUUCACUGCUCAUCAGUUUCGUGGGCCAGCCAGGCAGUGGUGGCGCUCGUAUCGAGAGUCCAGGCCAGCUGGAUCGCCUUCUGUAUCUUGGAGUGAGUUCUCAGAGGCUUUCUUAGCCCGGUUUAUGCCACGGAGCGUCAGGGAUAGGCUUCGUGAUCAGUUCUCCAGAUCGGAGCAGGGCCCUAUGACCGUCUCAGAGUACGAGACGAGAUUCCAUGAGUUGUCUCGACAUGCUACCAUGAUCCUACCCACGGAGGAGGAGAUAGUUCGUUGUUUUGUACGUGGGUUGCGGAACCGUCUGAGGGUCGACACAGAGCAUUUAGUUUCUGCCGGCUGUUCAUUUCUUGAUGUAGUUAACCAUGCCCAAUCCAUGGAGCAUAUUCAUCGCGAGGCCCAAGGGGGCAGCGAUAAGAGGGCACGCUACCAGGGCAGCUACAGCGAGUCUCAGACUAGAGGGAGAGACUCCUAUGAUAAGCCCCGCCAGAGGUUCCAGCAGGGCCAGCAUCACCAGGGUGGUCCUAGUACGGGCCAGAGUUCGAGGGGAUCAGAUUCCCUCCCUUCCUACCGCAGUCGGGUUACUUCAGGGCGUUCAGCUUCGGGGUGUUUUGAUUGCGGUGCUCUUGACCAUUGGUCCAGAGAGUUCCCCCGGCGAGGGCGAGGAGCGAUUGUACCAUCUCCCCUUGCACCAAGACCAGUUUCAGCAGUGCCCCCUCUAGCUAGAGGUGGUGGUCAGGACCAGGGUCGUCGGGAUAGCCGACAGGGUACCAGAGGCGGAGCUCGAGGAGGCAGGCUAGGUGGUAGAUCAAAUGCAUCGGGCAGAGGUGCUCAGGGCCAUUUCUACGCAGUCCCGGCGAGGGCAACGACUGAGGCAUCUGACGAUGUUAUCACAGGUACGCUUUUAUUAUGCCAUCAGCCUGCUACAGUAUUAUUUGAUCCCGGGUCCACAUUCUCGUAUGUAUCUGUUUAUUUUGCUCCUCGAUUGGGUAUGAGGUCUGAGUCUUUGGCAGAGCCAGUUCAUGUUUCGACCCCGGUGGGUGAGUCCUUAGUAGUGGAUCAGAUAUUGCGAUCUUGCUUAGUGACUAUCCAGGGUUGUGAUACUAGAGUUGACCUUAUUCUGCUAGUUAUGGUUGAUUUUGAUGUGAUUCUGGGCAUGGACUGGUUAUCCCCCUACCAUGCGGUAUUGGAUUGCUACGCUAAGACCGUUACUUUAGCCAUGCCUGGCAUUUCCCCAGUGUUGUGGCAGGGUGCUUAUAGUCACACACCGACAGGGAUCAUCUCUUUUAUGCGGGCUAGACGGUUGGUUGCUUCUGGGUGUUUAGCUUAUUUGGCCUAUGUGCAAGAUGUAAGUAGAGAUGACUCUUCAGUUGACUCAGUUCCUGUGGUUAGAGAGUUUGCAGAUGUGUUCCCUACAGACCUACCUGGCUUACCUCCAGAUCGUGACAUUGAUUUUGCCAUAGAUUUGGAGCCCGACACCCGUCCUAUUUCUAUUUUGCCUUACCGGAUGGCUUCUGCAGAGCUCAGGGAGCUCAGUGUUCAGUUAGAGGAUCUCUUGGGUAAGGGGUUUAUCCGUCCGAGUGUGUUGCCUUGGGGUGCUCCUGUUCUCCCCGUUGACUCGAUUGACUCGUGUUGA